ACAACAACAACAACAUGCUCUAAAGUCACAACAACAACAACAACAACAUGCCCUAAAGUCACAACAACAACAACAACAACAACAACAUGCUCUAAAGUCACAACAACAACAACAUGCUCUAAAGUCACAACAACAACAACAUGCUCUAAAGUCACAACAACAACAACAACAACAACAUGCUCUAAAGUCACAACAACAACAACAACAACAUGCCCUAAAGUCACAACAACAACAACAACAUGCUCUAAAGUCACAACAACAACAACAACAACAUGCCCUAAAGUCACAACAGCAACAACAACAACAACAUGCUCUAAAGUCACAACAACAACAACAACAACAUGCUCUAAAGUCACAACAACAACAACAACAACAACAUGCCCUAAAGUCACAACAACAACAACAACAUGCUCUAAAGUCACAACAGCAACAACAACAACAUGCUCUAAAGUCACAACAACAACAACAACAUGCUCUAAAGUCACAACAACAACAACAACAACAACAUGCUCUAAAGUCACAACAACAACAACAACAACAACAUGCUCUAAAGUCACAACAACAACAACAACAACAACAUGCUCUAAAGUCACAACAACAACAACAUGCUCUAAAGUCACAACAACAACAACAACAACAUGCUCUAAAGUCACAACAACAACAACAACAACAUGCUCUAAAGUCACAACAACAACAACAACAACAACAACAACAACAACAUGCUCUAAAGUCACAACAACAACAACAUGCUCUAAAGUCACAACAACAACAACAACAACAUGCUCUAAAGUCACAACAACAACAACAUGCCCUAAAGUCACAACAACAACAACAACAACAACAUGCCCUAAAGUCACAACAACAACAACAUGCCCUAAAGUCACAACAACAACAACAACAUGCUCUAAAGUCACAACAACAACAACAACAACAUGCUCUAAAGUCACAACAACAACAACAACAACAACAACAACAUGCCCUAAAGUCACAACAACAACAACAUGCCCUAAAGUCACAACAACAACAACAACAACAACAUGCCCUAAAGUCACAACAACAACAACAUGCCCUAAAGUCACAACAACAACAACAACAACAACAUGCCCUAAAGUCACAACAACAACAACAACAACAUGCCCUAAAGUCACAACAACAACAACAACAACAUGCUCUAAAGUCACAACAACAACA